UAAUCUUUGUUGUGAGAUUUUUGCAAAUUACAUGUGUUUGUGACUAUUGUGAUUGCAAUACGAAAAUGGACGGCUAAUAUUAUUGUUGCAUGUGAAGUUAGUAUUUUUUAUUAGCAUAAUACAAUCGCCGUCAAGCUGGGUGCCAAAACGGUGGAAAGGUUUUUGAACCUAGCUGACGACAGUUUUAUUGAAGAUGUCAGCGAAGACUUGAGAUGUUUUCUAGCCGAAAAAAAAAUUGACAGCGUGCUAGUAUUCCCGCCCGUGAGCAACUACCGUCGGUUCCUGAUCCACCGCUGCGUGGAGCAGCUCGGCCGGCCCGAGCUCGCGACCUUCUCGAUCGGAGUCAGCGACGAGAGGAGGACCGUCGUCUGCUAUAGGGACCGGCUGCUGAGUGAUGAGGCGUGCGCUCGGCCAGCAAUGGGCCUGACACCAACUGAUCGGGGCGAUGCAGCCCUCGCGACAAGCCCGGUGGGGGGUGCGUCGGCGCGCGCGCAGCUUCAGGAAAAGCCCAGAUCCGGGCCGACGAAACCCAGACGACCCGAUCGAGCGGUUUACGUGCCGAGAGCGUUGCGUGCGACGGAGAACACGACGGACGAAAACAAACCGCUGGAGAAUAAGAGAACCAGCCACAGCGCAGACGGGAAGUGCCCCAAAUCGCCCGCGUCCAAAGAGAAAUCCGCUCACGGAACACCAAGAAAAUCUCUCGACAAGAAUUUCUGCAACGUUUACACGCCGCCGCAUCUCAGGAACCAACGAUCUGCAAACGAGCCCAGUACAGAGAACCAGCCCCCCAGCGAACACGACACGACCGUGCCUUCCGGCUGCCGAGUGCCAAACGGUGAUAGUGCAAUAUCGAAUAGUGAUAAUAGUUUUAAAGAAUUAGAAGUAGGCGAGAGUUUUUAUAUAGGAGAUUAUUUUGCUAAUGGCCAGCUAGGUUUUUAUAGUCCCAGUUUUUACGAAUACGCUGAGAGCGAGAACGCCGAGGACAAUUGGAGGACAAAUGAAUCGGAGGUGAACAUGGCCGUACAUGAAACUCAGAGCAAUAUUAUAGAUAAUAAUGACUAUUUGUACGAUAAAGACGAGGAUGUCGAGAAGAACGAGCUGAAGCGUGCGUCGCAAGAGAUAAAUAGGAGCAGCAAGAGAAUAAUCAAGCAGAGUUUCGAUUCUGACGUGCUAGUCAUAUCGGAUCCGAUAGAGGACUCGCCGAGUCCGCCCAAAGAGGAGAAGGAGCCGCAGAAGGAGAUCAAAGUUAAGAAGACAAAGCCGAAAUUGGAAGCGAAAGUCUCCCUGAAAAGGGAGGAGAACGAUUGGGACGCGGUGUUCGACGACAGCGGCGAGUGUUUGGACCCGUCUCUGCUCGAGGAGUUGACGUCCACCGUGGGCAAGGUGCAUAUAUCGAAAGCCAAGAAUAACUACGAUCAGUACCAGACGCGCGGACAGGCGCUGUUCAACGGGCCCUUCGAUGAGACGUUCGCGCACGUGGUGGAGGUGUAUGACUUUCCCAGCGAGUUUAAGACUAACGAUCUGCUGUCGCUCUUCAGUGAAUACAAGGACACCGGUUUCGAGAUUAAGUGGGUGGACGACACGCACGCCUUGAUUGUCUUCAGCAGCGCUAAAAUUGCUGCCGAGGUGUUAUCGACGCAACGCUCGCUAGCCAAAUGUCGGCCGUUGCACGCGGCGACACUCGAGUCCAGGAACAAGGCGAAGAAAUGCGCCGAGUUCCUGCAGCCGUACAGGCAACGCCCCGAGACGUGCACGGCGCUCGCCCGCCGGCUCGUGUCGGGCGCGCUCGGCGUGCGGCUCAGCACCGCGCGCCAGGAGCGCGACGAGGAGCGCCGCCUCAUCACGCUCGCCAGAGAAAAGAAACGACAAGCGGCGCUCCACAAGGAAGCGGCGUGGGACGGCUCGCUCGCCGACCGCGCGCUGCAUUCGCCCUCCUGACCGCCGCAUGCUCACACACGGUGCAUUUACUCUUCGCCACUGCGCAGCCGUGAAGACUCACACGAUCAAUAUGAUAUGAUAAUUAAUUAUAGUUAUGAUGAUUUGAUCGAAAGGGACAUAGAUACGUAGCUCGCGAAGGGGCAGCCCUAAGCUUGCGUUGUCAUGGCAACGUGUAAACGAGUUUUUGUUGAGAAAGUUUUUAUCGUAUUGUAUGUUCCCUUUUUGGUCAAAAUGAGUUGAUAAUAUGCGAAAAUGACGUCACUAUUUUGAAUCUGUGGAGCGUUUUGAAGUUACAGUCUAAAGUUGGCGUUUUUUUUUUUUGUAAAUUAAUAUUUGAUUAUUUUAUCGAUAUAAAGAGAAAAUAAAGUAUAAACUAUGUCUGUCUCUCUUGUACUAAUAAUAUUGAACUCAAGGAAGAGGGAGACAAAAAAUGUUCCAUGUAAACAAAAAGAUAUGUGACCUCAUUUGCGGAUGAUGUUUAAGUGUUUUUAUAAACGAGUAUCACUGUAUUAUCGUUACGGCAGUUUGUUGACAUUGAUCUGGCUGUUGUUAAAUAUUUGUGAAUAGCAAUAUUUUUUGGCGGUAUUUUAUUGAGUGCAUUUUUUUUGGCGGUAUUCAUUGAGUGCAUAAAACUUUUGCUUAAUAAAGUUCUACUGAAAAUUUUGUUUCGCGGAUAACAAAAAAAAAAAUGUGUGCAGUAAAUAAUGUUAUAUUUUGACAUAUGAAGUGUCGUUGUCUAAACUGUGGUAGUGACAUAGGCUAUAUAACUUAACAAAAUGGCGCCCACAAUUAUGAAAUUUAUCAAUAAAUCGUGAAAAUACUGUUAUAUACCAAAAACCCAAAAAAAAAAACAGUUGAAUUGAUAAUCCUCUUUUUUUGAAGUCGGUUAAAAGGUUAGUUAUGUUGUUAUAGUAAUGCGUGAAAUAUAUUCUUGUGCGUACAUUCUAUAGAACGUACAAAAAAAGAAGGGAAGAAAGGAAGAAAUCGAAAGGGAGACAGAAAUUAAAUGACAUGUCACUUAAAUUCUGUCUUACUAAUACAAUCAUCAUCAUCAUCAUCAGUCCAUAUAUGUUCCCACUGCUGGGACACGGGCCUCCUAUGAAGGUUACUUAUACUAUAAUAUAGUAUAAUUAUUUGUUAUUCACAAUUAUUUAAGUAGCUCAUUAGAUAAUAUCAUAUAAUAUAAUAAAAUAUAUGUAUAUAUAUAUUACAGUUUUUAUAAUAAUACAGUGAUAAAUAUACAUAUAGAUGCGCAGGUUUUGGUCAUCUUAGCGUAGUUAGUUCUAAUUGUAGUCAAUUUCGUGCGAAGAGGGCGGAGAUAAAUAAGCUUUCGUUUUAUAUUCAAGAGGCUGAAGCGUUGGGCGGUGCAAUAUUUAUUUAGUGCUUUUUUUCAUAAGAAAAACUCUACUUUUUAUCUUUAAAUACGAUCUUAUUAUAAAUGCAAUUUUAAAUGUUAUUGAUGAUUCGUUUCAGUGCCGUCACAAGUAUAUUUUUUUUAUGAAAUAUUUUUUUAACUAUUGUACCAUUUUAUAAUAUGCAUGAAGAGCCUUUUAUCUAGCGUAGUAUGUUGUCUGGCGGGAACUGCCAAUAUGUAUAAGACGAUCUCUUUAUAUUUUAUUGAAAAAAAAACGGUUAAAUUUCGCCCUCUUCGUGUCAGUCUCAAUUGUGAGUCGAGUGUGAAUGGUUGCAAUGCAUAAUAAUAUUUUUUUUCGUCUGUCCCUCUCCUUCUAUGUUCACGCUGUUUUAAAACAUUGAAAUAUGGAUUAGAUUGUGGUGUGAUUAUUUUCACAGUCUGUUGUGUUGUGAUGAAUCAGAACACCUUAUAUUUUCAACCGAUUGAAAAAAGGAGGAGGUUAUCAAUACGAGUGUAUUUUUUUCAAGUUAUAAUUUUCAAGGUUCAAAAGAUUAUUUAAAAGGAUUUAAAAGAUUAUAUUUUGGGAAAUUAACCUAAAUUCUUUCACAGAUAAAAGAAGGUAAUAUAGUCAAUAUCAACUAACGUUAAAUACUUAAUAAAAAGUUUUUCUUUUCAUCUAUUCUGGCUUAAUUUAUAUAGACAGAUAAUAAUUUAAUAUGGUCGUAUAGAUAAUUAAAAGAUUCAAGGUCCCACACGCUUUCUUCACUCAACGGUUUUUGUUUAUUUUUUAUAUAUACAUAUAUAUAAUAUUCUUAUACCAAAUGUUAUGUAAGCUUGGUGUGCCUCGUAUCUAGUCUGCUUAGGUAAUUAGACCAAAAUCUGCGCGCAUAUUUACAUAUUAAGAGAAUCGUCUAUUGAUCUAUAGACGCGUUAUCGACAAUUGACUAUGGUUGAUAUAGAUAAAAUAAAAAAUAUUGUCUAGAACUUCAUAGACUACAGUCGCAUGACUGUGAAGUGUUCAUUUUAUUUAUUAUGUGCGUUUUUUUUAAUAAACACACGAAAGAAAUGUCUUUUCUUUUCACGGGAUAUAUAGAUUAUAAAUCGUAAUUAAUUGUUCGUCGUUAUUCAAUGAAAUUUGUAUUUUGUUCUUUAAUUUGCAUGUCUCAUUAUAAUAAUUGAUUUUAUUUGAUUAAAUAACAAUAAAAAAAUGUGGAAAAUGUGUAAAGUAUUUUAGUAGUGAAAUUUUAAAAUAAAACAAUUUCUGUUCCACAUGAAAUGAAUGUUCUAUCAUUGCAUUUAUUUUAUGUUGUAUUUGAGAUCUGUGGAUGGGAUGAUUUCCUUUUUUAUUUACAAAUUAAAUUGCAUGCGUAGAUACAUUUUAUUCACUGAAUGUAUAACUCGUAUUUUUUUGCACGUAACAUGGUGACACUAUUGACGUUUGUGACAGAUAUAUCGCAAAUGUCAAAAUUAUCUUUUGUUUGGUGGAUUGCGUACUUGUCCGGAUGGAAACGAACUGUUUGUACGGUUUUGGAAGAAAUUUUAUACGGUAAAUGUUCUAGAAAAAGAUCGUAAAGAAGAACCACAUACGUUACAAUCUGUAAUGAAUAUAAAUAAAUAUAUCUUCGUGUGAUGUUUAUUUCUUUGUUACUGCAAUCGUUGAUGACAAGUAUGCGAUCACCUCUAAACGGAGAAACAUAAACGUUAUUCUAACUAAAGAAAGGAAAAAUGCGAAAAAAAGAAAACUUUAUCUGUGGAUAUUAAUGUAAUAUUUUUUUAACUCAAUUGCUAUUGAUGGUAUAUGUUACCAUUUUAUAACCAAAUAUGUUAAUAGCAUUAUUAAUGCAUUCGUGAUUUUGAUAAUUAUUCUAUUCUUCAUACAUUGUUUCUUCUUUGAAUUAGUAAAUAAUAAACAUAGUUAGAAAAAAAAAAUAAUAAAAUAAAACACGCUUAAAUUAUCGAAUCAAUGAAAUUGUCUUACUUGCUCUUACACAGAAUGUUAAAAAAUAUAUAAUCAUGCCGGCCGUAGUCAAGGGAAUAAGAUAAAUUAAUAAAAUUAAUGCAUUGUCACCGAUUCUAGUAAUUCUACAAAGUUUGAAUUACAUCUGUCCGUUUAAUGUUGGUCAAAAUGUAUUCUUAACGAGUCGGUUACAAACAAACAUACACGUCUAAUAAAAGCGUGUUAAUAAUAAAAAGGCAAUACUGCAAAAACGAAAAAUGUGCUAAACUUUAUCUGUAAAUGAUUAUAUUAUGACACUCCCAUGUUCAUUUUAUUUGAUCUAAAAUAUUCAUUCACAGAUAUUUAAGUGUCUAUACAAUUAAACGGAAAAAUGAAAUAUGUAUUUAAAUCUUCUAGAGAAAACUCUUGUGCCUGUGAAAAUGAUGUGAUGUCUUUAUAACUUCAAUGAACCCCAUAUGUCUUAAUGUUAUAUAAAGACUUCUGAAAUUAUUAAAAAAACUGAAUUAUACAAAUAAGUCAGAUGUGAUUCCUCUCUUAAUCUCUAAAAAUAUUUAAUAAAUGAGCUGUAAUAGACAAAAAAACAUAUGUUUUGUUGUUUUGACCACCGACAAACUUCUACGUAACAUUGCACCAAACUAAAAUCGCAGCAAUAAGAAAUGUGUUAUUACUGUAAUAAAUUUUUAUCGCAGUCCAAAAGAGGUGAUGUGUCUUAUGAUAAAUGUAUCGAGUUUGGAUCUGUACAAAAUGUAAAGAAUCGUUAUUUUUGUAAAUCUAAAUUGUCUUGGUUGACAUAAUAAAUAAUUUGUGACUGA